AUGUAUAUCUAUAUACAUGUUUAUUAUUCAAUUAAUAUUUAUAAAACGAUGAAAAAGCCUUUAUAUUUAUCUGACCUUAUUUAUUUCAUUCUGUCUAUCGGGAACAUCAUCCAACUCUUACUUUUAUAGAAUAGUUCUCUGUUAACAAUAAUUUUGAUGACCAUCACACUCGGGAUGUUAAUUCUCAAUCUCUUUAUCAAAAUAUACUACUACUCAACUGAUGAUUCAUCAAUUAUUUUAUUGAUGCUUAAUACAACCACUAUAGUCAUUAGAAUAAUAGCUAUUGCUAAUGUUCAAUAAACUUUCUAUUAAACAGAUAUGUAUUGUAUUUCUUCUUAUUAGUUUUUUUUGAUUGCUUCACAUCUUUAUCAUAUAACACUCAAAUCAUAAAUUCAAGUUCAUAUCAGCCAUAAUCUACACAAUAUUGUAAGCAUCUUUGGAUUUAAAUUUCUAUAAAAUCAUUUUGUCAUUAACCAUUUUUUUUCAAAUGAUAUAAAACAAGUAAAUAACAAUUUAAUUUCAAGAACCAUAAUUAACAAAAAUCCAGAAACCCCAAGGAAAAUACUUAAAUAAUCUCACACUUGGCAUAACAAUUAAAAUUAUAUUGAUAAUUAACUUAAAACUGACUUAAAUUUCAAAAAUAUUUCGUCUUAACCAAAUAUGCAUUUUUAAUUUGAUUAUUUAAUCAAAGAAGAUACUAUAGACAAUUUAAAAAGAGUGUAAGAGCUAUUUCAUUUACCUUUCAUAAUUACUGACAAGGAUGCAAAGCCCAUUUUAUAUAAUUCAUACUUUAUAGAUGCUUUUGAAAAAAUUGAUUAAAAAAAUAUUCAAUAUGGAAUUAAAAAUAUAAAAAUAUAUCGAUUAGAUAAGAACAGUCAAAAAGUUGUUAAAAAAAUAUAUUUAGAAAAAUAGAUGAAUAACAAUAUUUUUAUUAGAUCAUCUAGUUAACCUAAUACUUUUCCAUUAUUAAGUAUUUCUAGCCAGCCAAUUAAAUUACUCUUAAAUCAUAUUUUAUAAAUUAUGAGUGCCUAAUACUGUUAAUGUUCAGUCAUCGACUUUUAGUCAGAAUAUCUAAAAAGAGAUUAUUAAAUUGACAUUAAAUUUAUUCAAGGAUACUUUCUCUUUAUUUUUACUCACACUCAAGAAAGAGAUGAUUAUAAAAAUAAAAUAAACACAAAACUUCUCAUGAAUUAGCUGUUUCGAAGUUUGAGUCAUGAGUUUAGUACUUCCCUUAAUUGCAUAUAAAUCCUGGCAGAAAAUGCUUUAGAAGAACUAUAAGAGAAGACUGUUACCAAGUACAUACAACCUUUAUUAAAUUCAUGUUAUAUUUUAAAUAGUAUUGUUUAGGAUGUUAAAGAUUUUAGUUUGAUUUUGUCAAAGAAUUUUACAUUAACAAUCAAAAAUACAAACAUCUGCAAAUUAAUUCAUGAAGUGACAACAUUAUUUUAAUCUUAAAUAUAAAUGAAGGGAUUAAAAAUUAAUAUCAUAACUAACAAUAUUUUGAUACACACUGAUGCUUAAAGAGUCAAACAAUCACUGAUUAAUUUAUUAUCGAAUGCAUAAAAAUUUACAUUCUAAGGAAGUAUUACUAUUAAUGCAUCUGAAGAGAUUAUUAAUAAUACAAGGUUUGUUAGGAUUUCAGUUGAAGAUACAGGUCCUGGAAUGGAUAACGACACUCAACUUAAACUAUCAUAGUUUUUGACAUCUAGUUAAAAGAGUCGAUAUAAAGAUCCGAAUCAAUCGUUUGGAAUGGGGUUAUUGAUAACAUAAAAAAUAGUUAAAGGUUUAACAUUAAAUCACGAAGGAGGAAUACAAUUCGAAUCUAAUGUCCAAUAGGGAUCUAAAUUUUGGUUUUUAAUUUAAGAUUUGAAUUAAGAAGAACUACCAAUUUAAAAUUCUAAACAAACAAUUCGAUACAACAAGAUUAAUUCUUCUUAUAGCAAUUCAAAAUUUGAUUUAAGUUAACCUGUGAGUCCUAGCAUAAAAGAAUUAAAAAGACAGUUUUCUCCACUCUUAUCUCAUAGAUAUAUUAAAGAUGGUUAAAACCUACUUUUAAAUCAAAGUAGUUCGAUUAGUCAAUCCGAAAACAUUUCGUUUCAAGAGGAAAAAUUUGAUUGCAUAAUAAAUCCUUAUAUCAUGAAAUAAGGAUGUUAAAAGCCGUUGAUACAGAUGGACAUACAUGACAGAUCUUCUAUUUCAACAAAAAUAUUAAUCGUAGAUGAUGAGUAUGUGAAUAUCUACGCUUUAAAGAUAAUGUUAAAUAGGCUAAAUUACUUAUGUGAUGUAGCUAAUAAUGGUUAUGAAGCAUUAGAUAAGUUUAUGCAACAUUAAUACUAAUUAAUUUUUAUGGAUAUAGAAAUGCCAAAUAUGAAUGGAGUUACAGCAACUAAACAAAUACUGUAGUUUUGUGAAUAAAAUGAUCUACAAAAACCAAUAAUCAUAGCAUAAACUGCAUACACAGAUUCUUUGACAAAGGCAGUCUGCUAUGAAUCAGGGAUGAACUAUUUUUUAUAAAAACCAAUCCAUACUAAGGAUAUUAUGUAAAUUCUUGAAGAAAAAUUAUGA